AGGGAGGGAAGGCGGGAGGGAGGGAGGGAGCGGUGGUUGAGUGUUUCUCUCUGUUACCAGUGUCCGGGCCGAGGCCCGGAGUCAAAGGGCCUCAUCAUGGGCAAGAGACAGCACCAGAAGGACAAGAUGUACAUUACCUGUACAGAAUACACAAACUUCUAUGGGGGCAAGAAAACAGUUAUCCCACAGGCCAAUUUCCGCCGUUUGCCCUUUGAUCACGGCAGCUUGUCUCUUCAGCCUUUUGAGUACCCGGUGUGUACCCCUGAUGGAAUGGUAUUUGACCUCUUGAGUAUCAUGCCAUGGAUAAAGAGAUAUGGAACCCAUCCAACUACUGGAGAGAAACUGGAAGCUAAAUCGCUGAUCAAGUUGAAUUACCACAAAAACAGUGAAGGAAAGUACCACUGCCCAGUGAUGUACUCCGUCUUCACAAACAAUUCUCAUAUUGUGACCAUCAAGGCUACAGGAAACGUGUACUCGUUUGAGGCUGUGGAACAGUUGAAUAUUAAGACCAAGACGUACAAAGACCUGUUGAAUGAUGAACCUUUCAAACGCAACGAUAUUAUCACACUGCAGGAUCCUGCAAAUGUGGACAAAUUUAAUAUUACCAACUUUUUCCACGUUAAAAAUAACUUGAAGGUUCCUGAUCCAGAGGAAGAGAAAGCAAAACAGGACCCAUCUUAUUAUUUGAAAACCACCAGUCUGGAAAUGAGGGAAACACUGACGGAACUUUACAAAGAUUAUAAGGGAGAUGAAAUGCUGGCAGCAACUAUGAAAGAGCCUGAAAAGAAGAAGGUGGAUAAGAUGAAUGCGGCACAUUACUCAACAGGGAAGGUCUCCGCUUCCUUCACUUCCACUGCAAUGACACCAGAAACUAUGCAUGAAGCAGCUGCGGUUGAAGACAAUACAGUGCGAUACCGCUAUGUCAAGAAGAAAGGUUACGUCCGACUGCACACAAGUAAAGGGGAUGUGAAUCUGGAGCUGCACUGUGAGAUGACUCCGAAGGCUUGUGAAAACUUCAUUAAAUUGUGCAAAAAGGAAUAUUACAAUGGAACAAUCUUCCACAGAUCGAUUCGAAACUUCAUGAUUCAAGGAGGAGACCCCACUGGUACUGGCACUGGUGGAGAAUCGUACUGGGGAAAACCAUUCAAGGAUGAAUUCAAACCCAAUCUCUCACACACAGGACGAGGUGUCCUCAGCAUGGCCAACUCAGGGCCAAACACCAAUAAGUCCCAGUUCUUCAUCACAUUCCGUUCCUGCAAAUACCUGGACAAGAAACACACUGUGUUCGGAAGAGUGGUUGGUGGGUUUGAGACGCUGACUGCCAUGGAGAAUGUAGAGAGUGAUCCGAAGACAGAUCUGCCACAUGAGGAGAUCCGACUUGAGCGGACGUCAGUCUUUGUAGAUCCCUUUGAAGAGGCAGACGUUCUGAUUGCAGCAGAAAGAGAGAAAUUACAAGAAGAGGAAGAAAAGGAGUUGGCAAAAUCAAAGCCGAUUCAGCCCAAAAACGACGCUCCGAAAACCUACCGGCAAGGGAUUGGGAAGUACAUCAACAUGGCAGCUACUAAGCGACCAGCAGCCAAUCAGGACAGCAGCCCCUCCACCAGCAGCAGCGCCAGCAGCAGCGCCAAUCCAAAUGCCAACGCCAAGAAAAUCAAAGGAGCAACUGGUUUUGGCAACUUCAGCUGCUGGUAGAACGUGUCCUAAGGAGCAGCAGCAAGAACAACUGCAGAAACCAGCUCCGCGGCUCGCAGGCCUCUCACAGCAGGGAGUCAGUCGCUUUUUAUUCACAAGGAAUUUUAAAUAAGUGACUUUGCAUUUUUCCGCUAAGUUAAAGAUCUCUGUUGUGGCGAGGGGAGAGGGGGUCAAUUGUAUCUGUUAAACGUUAAAGCUUCCAUUUCCAGUGUGAAGCACAAGACAGAAUUUAACUGCGGUAUUUUACUUUCAUAUUGACCUGAAGGCUCAAGGUUUCUCCCCUAAUGGGUUUUCGUCUUGCUUUGUCUUGUGCUGCGGUUGUGUCUGCUCGACUGUGUCGAUGAGAUCAACCAUCAUUUCUCAUUUUGAAAAUACAUUUUCCACAGUGGCUUAAUUAAACUCCACUGAUUCCUGUCUGUGAUGAUUCAUCCCAUUGUUUGAUGCAGAAUCCCAUCGAGUUCAAGCUCUCUCGGCAGGAAGGUGCAGAACAUUCUCCUGCGUUUGUUCCAGUGAAAUAAGUAACUGCACGGUCAGCUCGGGACACGCUCAUCCUGAAAACAUCUUGUUUGUUGUUACAAUCGACUUUGUGGGGAAUUUGCAGAGAGCCUGACGUGCCCCAAACACGUCAAUCUGUCUCUCGUGAGGUUUGCAACGCAGCCCUAGGUUACUGUAAAAAAACACUGUUGCAGUUGUUUGCUACUAACCAAAGGAUUUGAACUCACUAACUGUUGCCCGACUCACUUUAACAUGAACCAUUUUGUUCGAGUAAUUUUAUUAACUUGCAAAGCCAGUUAGCCAGGCCUGGAGCCAGGCGCUGGUUAACCCCGGAUGUCGGGUAAAUCGAAGUAAACGCCCGGCCUCGAUUCAUGUGUAUUCUUACCUGUUUUAAAUAUGGCGGUUACCCUGGACAAAAUGCCGCGCUGGUCUCCACUGGCUGCACUAAGUCGGCCUUUCUGUGUCUCCAUUCAGCCACGAGGGGCUCUAGGAUGGAGAUGGGAGGAGUCGAAGGUUGAUUGACAUCGGUCUCCAGCCAUUCACAAACAGCUGGAUUUGGGCUGUCAAUCAGUGAGGGAAAUUGUGAUUGAUUGACAGCUGAGAUGCUUGUGAGUAGGUGGAGCCCAAACAUUCAUAAGCAACUCCGAGGCUGUCAGUCACCUCGGAGCCAUCGCUAAUUGGUCCUCUUCCCGUCCAGUGGGAGGAAGCCACUCCUCUGUUGGGCGGAGAAGUCCUGGACUGUGUUUUGCAGCCAAACGAAAAGGUAACUCUAUUUCACUGAAUUGUCUGAGAGUAUUUUAACUUUAACCGGUUUAGUUAAAUUGCUUCAAGUGAAACAAUAUUAUUACGUAUUAUUAUACGGCCCUGACACAGCUCCUCUACUGGGCGGGAAAGGUAUUUCAGUUAACCUCGGACACCUCUUAAGUCGGACAAAAUGUCCGUUCCUCUUAUGCGUCCGGCUUAACUGGCUUCCACCAUGUACAUAAAAAUAUAUGUUACUGUAAUGUGAUGGAGUGAAGGCUCAUCCACAGCAGCAGCUACUGACCCUUUUGACAAACUGUGGUUUUAGCUGGUUAGACUCCAGCAGUUACUCCAAAUCACGCUCUGGGGUCCCCAAGCCUUGGCCGUUGCCAAUCCUCGCCUAAUACUCUCUGGAAUUAGGUAAACAGAAUACAUCCCUCCAGGGAGCGAGAGAGAGAGAGAGAGAGUGCAUUCCAUUCAAACAAUCUUAUCUCUGGGAUUUCCAGGUGUAGUUGGGAUGCAUGGAAUCCUCCAUUUGGUUUGGAUACACUUAAGCAGAGCGACGGGUUUCCGCCUGUGUCAGGCACCUGGUUGACCGAAACACUUUUGACAGGUGAGGAGGCAACGUGAGUUUGCCUAACCAAGCUAUCUUGUUGCCAUGGUAAUGAGCCCUCAUGUGCAGUGCCUCGGUCUCUCUCCCGCUGGUCGUUGCUCCCACUCGCUGGUCUCACAAUGCUCGCUACAAGAUAUGGAAACUCCAGCUGUCACCUGACGAGCAGUCACUGCUCAAUCAUUAUGACACAAAUGUGUGUACAACAUUACUGAGCAGCCUCCGUCAACCAGGACCUUCUGUUAUUUGCAUUGUUAACAAUGUGUGAUUAUUCUGUUCACUAAUCGGAAUCUUUGAGGCUCACAAUCAUUCACUGACCAGAAAUACAGCACGGACGGAGACGACUCUGUCAGGCAGUCAACUACUUGAUGAUUUAUUUGAAAUUGUAACAGCGGUAGCCUUGCAAACCAUUCACGUUUUGUAACGUGCAGGUGUGAUUAUCUACGGAUCAGAUCCAGAUGUACAUUUUUCUCAGUCAUUUUGAAAGAACCAAAUGGACUUCAAGCUGAAGGUUGACGAGAGCGACUCCAUGCUUCGGUCCACAAUACUCACAUUAGGGAUGAGGAGCAGAUCUACCUCAUCGUGGGAGACAUUUGCCUGAUGUUGUGUUGAACUAUUGUACUUUGAGCUCUUGUUGGGACCUGUGUUAGUUGUAGCCAUGAGUCAAACUGAUCAAUAGAUUCAUUAUUCUAAAUAUAUAUCACGGAAAGAUCCACAUCAUCCGAACUGAGAUCCCGCUGCGGGAUAUUGAUCUGAAUAGUGUAAUGGAGAUGGUUAUUAGAAGACGUCAUAAGAACAUAAGAAUUUGCUCCGCGAAAGAAGACCGAGGUCCAUCUAUCUCGCCUUCCACCAUCCUGGCAGUCACUUGACGUAUUGUUAAUGUUAAUGACAUAUCACUUGCAAAUUAACCCUUUGAAUGCCUUUCUUAGGACACCCAUUCUGUACGUUCUCACACACUGAUGCAAAAUCAUUUUCGCAGUGAAAGUUGUUCAGAAUCAUUUUUAUUGUUACCCUGAGCUACUAGAAUACCAGUCAAAAACAUUUAAAGGUAACAUUUGAAAAACAGUACUUGCAUUUAACCUGUUCCAUUACUCCUAUUUUUUUUCUACUUUAGGUAUAAUAUUUUUACCCAAUGUUUCUGCUGUUAAAACCCAUCACUUAUGGUUCCUGCUUCCAAAGUCCAUUUCAAAAGGUGCGAGAGUAUCUCUUCUUAAAAAAAAAUUUUCUCAGAAUUGUCUCUUUUGCAACCAGUCACAGGUUAUUAAAGGAUCACAAAUUUACAUCAUUUGCAUCAUAGAAAUUCCCUUCAACCUGGAAUUAAAGAAUAUGUUGAGACAAGAGACCGUGAACAUGAAGCAUGAAGGAAACUGUUUCACCUUGAUGUACAUUUAAAUUGUUAGCAAUCCUACAAGUUGUCAAAUGCUCUGAUUUUACAAUCUGUAUCGACUCUGCAGUAAGUAGGAUUCGCUUCCAGAUAAACCAUUUCUUCAUUUAGACUCCCAUAAUAAUGAGUUGUUCAAAACAAGGCUGAGGAGUGAAGUGUAAAUAUAUUUGUUUAAUUCCUAGAUUUAACAGUAAUCAGAAUGAUUUACUUUAGUAACAGGCCUGUUGCUUUCCUGAUUGGCCUUGUUUUUGUAUUUGACAAAACAUGAUGUGUCUGAGCUUUGUCUUCUCUCUGAUCUAUCCGAAGGGCACCUCUGACUAAUGCAAGAAGAGGCUUAAAUAAAAUUUAUGAUAAAAUGAAA